AUGCAAGUGCAGGAGCCGGAAGCCGUGUGCACGGACCUGAAGAACGUCUACAACAUCCCUAACAUCGAUAUUAUCGAUCUUCUAAGGAAAUUCAAAGUGGACGUGACUCUGGACCCGGACACGGCUCACCCCAACCUCAUCCUGUCCGAGGACAAGAUGAGCGUGACCCACGGCGCCACACGGCAGGAGCUGCCCGAGACUCCUGCACGCUUUGACCCCUAUCUCCUGGUGCUGGGUUCCCGGACGAUCACGUCGGGGAAAUGCUACUGGGAGGUGGAGGUGGGAGACAAACAGGAGUGGGAUGUGGGGGUGUGCAGGGACACGGUGACCCGCAAGGGGCAGGUCGUGAUGUCCCCUAGCAAUGGAUUUUGGAGAGUUUGGUUGAGGAAUGGAGACCAAUACAAGGCCGUGAUCUCCCGCCCCACCCUCCUCGAGGUGGGCGUGCGGCCCAGCCGGGUGGGGGUUUUCCUAGACUAUAAGGCAGGCGAGAUCUCGUUUUACAACGUGACGGACCGGACCCAUCUGUACUCCUACGGCGCGGCCUUCUACGGGGCCCUACGGCCUUUUUUCAGCCCUGGCCUCCAGCAGGGAGGGGGAAACGCCACCCCGCUGACAAUCUGCCCAAAGUCUCAGGGCUAGAGCCGAGGGGGGUGACAGACACACACAAGGAAUCCGCAGUUGAUGGACCUCACCUCCAUCCUCUUUUUGCGGAAAGCUGCUCGAGUCUUGCUCAUCAUAACAUCCCCCGGCGAGGAGUUCCACAGGUUAACGUAGUGCCGCGUGCCAAAGGCAAGAGUAGAUGUGGUGCCAUGUGGUGCCACGGGGGUGGGAGGUACUGAAUGGGGGUAUGUGUUGAUUGCUGAAGGGAUUUCUGGGAGAAUGCCCCGCCCCCUAAAAAAUAUGUCGGGAAAUGACAACACAUUUGGCUAACUCAGUGGUUCCCAAACUUUUCGGCUUCACGCCCCCUUUUUGGUUAUUGAGAAACCCUGG